AUGGCGGUGUGCAUCGCUGUGAUCGCCAAGGAGAAUUACCUCCUCUACAUCCGAAGCAUCCCCACUGAGAACGAGCUGAAGUUCCACUACAUGGUGCACACCUCACUGAACGUGGUGGAUGAGAAGAUCUCAGCGCUGGGUAAGGCCCUAGUGGACCAGAGAGAGCUCUCCCCGAGCCUGCUUUACCCCACCGAGGACCACAAUGUCUACGGCUACGUGACCAACUCCAAGGUGGAGUUUGUGAUGGUGGUGGACUUAUCGAACAAGGCGCUGAGAGUCAACGAGAUCUGCAGCAUGUUCCGGAAGCUGCAUAAUUCCUACACUGACGUCAUGUGCAACCCCUUCUACAACCCCGGGGACUGCAUUCACUCUAGGGCCUUCGACAGCACCGUGACGUCCAUGAUGACACAGGUCUGCUGA